AGCAGCAGACGACGCGUGUAGUGGUUGACAGGGAGCGAGUGUUGUUGUGCUGCGGCUUUGACAUUGUAGCAAGUCCCGUGUGUUGCAGCAAGGACUAAACAGAGUGAUUUAGUAUUCAAGUGAAGGUUUGCUGCUCGCUUCCUGUGGUACCUAAGCGUGGCAGAGGCUGAGUGAGCUGAGACACGGCAGCCAGGUGCGGCGAGUGGCGAGCGGCGGAGAGAGAGAGAAGGGAGACAGGAGCGACAGCAACAAUAGCAACAUCAUCAGUGUUCGGGUGUCCCAGCAGCGGGGAGGACAUGCCAGAUUCCCCCACAUAGUAAGCAAGGCUCUCACGUCAGCAACAUCCUCCUUAGAUACACAAGCAGCCCCUUUUUUGCCUUGCUGCCCCGUGAGUGUGUGUGGGAAAAUUGGUGUUUCCGAUCCUUUGAACGCAGCAUCAACACACUGGAUGUUUUCAAGGUAGCAUUCACUCUUUCCUGGGCGAUGACGCAAGUAGUGACGUGUCGGUGCCUUGUGACGUCAUGGAAUCCAGCUCUCCCCAUUGGUCCGGAGACGAGGCGUGGCUGCUUAUUGGCCAAAUCCCGACACUUGUGGUUCGGUAGCACUGUACACCGUCACUGGAACGUUGCUCUUCGUCAUACGUGAGUGUAAUGUGUAGGAUUGGCUGUGUAAGGUUGAUGCAGCACUGAUCUUUAUCUGAGGGUGAGGCGCAGAGGGCGAGGGAGCGCUGGCAAUUGAGUUAGGGCAGUUAUCAGAUGUCGCAAGAGCAGGAAGUGCCUAGCAGUAGCGGCUGUGAGGCUGAUUCAGUGUGGCAUCCAGCUUCACGUUGAUCGCAUCGGUAGUGGAGGUGCGGCGGUGUGUCUGGCUUCUCGUUAGCUGGGAUCUGUCAGUGCGGUGAGCCACGCAGUGAGGUGAGCCAGCGGGCAUGGCAGCCUGACCCCUGCGACAUCCCUCUGCAGGCUGAGUAUAGGGAGAGGGAGACGUGUGUAUGAGUGUCGCGUAAGGGUGGGGCCGCGUGACAUACAAGGUACCCAAGUGACCACCUUCAAGCUUAUGAUCGCUAGCCUGACCUGACCUGCCGCGACGUAGCUGCUGCUUCGCUCCACCACCACCACCGCCACUACCGCUGCUGCCGCUACAGCCUCCCGCCGCCGUCAACACAGCCUCCCAGCCCCCGCCUCAAGGUUGGCUGCCGAGGAGGAUGAGGUAGCGUAAGGGCGGCGUCAUGGUGCUGGUGAAGGAGUACCGCAUCCCACUGCCUCUCACUGUGGAGGAAUACAGGGUGGCUCAGCUGUAUAUGAUUGCCAAAAAGUCACGGCAAGAGAGUCAUGGUGAAGGCAGUGGUGUGGAGAUCCUGGUGAAUGAGCCAUAUACUGACGGUCCGGGUCCUGAGGGCAAGGGACAGUACACUCACAAGGUUUACCAUGUAGGCAGCCACUUGCCAGGUUGGUUAAAAUCCCUCAUUCCCAAGUCUGCUCUGUCUGUGGAAGAGGAGGCCUGGAAUGCUUACCCAUACACCAAGACACGUUUCACUUGUCCCUUUGUGGAAAAGUUCAGCAUUGAGGUGGAGACAUAUUACUACAACGAUGGGGGGCAGCAAGAGAAUGUCUUCAAUCUGUCCAAGUCAGAGAUGAAGCAGAGGGAGAUUGAUUUGAUUGAUGUGGUGAAAGAUCAACUGUACGGAGCAGAUUAUGUGGAGGAAGAAGAUCCUCGUAAAUAUAUUUCCCAGAAAACUAAUAGAGGUCCUCUUGGUGAUAACUGGAUAGAAGAAUACUCAGAAAUGUGUAAUGGUAAGAAUGCUCCAUUACCAAAUGGCCAGGCAAUCAUGUGUGCUUACAAGCUGUGUAAGGUGGAGUUCCGGUACUGGGGAAUGCAGACCAAAAUAGAAAAAUUCAUCCAUGAUAUUGCACUGAGAAAAACCAUGCUGCGGGCGCACAGACAGGCCUGGGCAUGGAUGGAUGAGUGGUGGGGUCUCACCAUUGAAGACAUUCGUAACAUUGAAAAAGAAACACAAAGCCUUCUGGCUAAGAAGUACGGCCAGGGAGGGGAGGAGGAUGGUGCUCAGAACUCAGCCACAGCAGAGGUGUCCUCAGGUGUCCCUCACAGUCCCAGUGUUUCCUCGGACCGAACGCCAAACCUUGAACAGCUGAGCAAGUGUAGUUCGUUUAGGACUAGUAAUGAUUUAGGCGAUCAUUCUCAGGUUAUUUGUGAAGGUGAUGUAGUUGCCAACAAUGGUGUAAAUAGUAACAAUAAUAAUAAUAAUGAGAGUGAAGAAAACCUCUCUGGACUGGGCUCGAGUCCCAAACUAAAGAGACGAGAGCUGAACGUGAGUCUGGACAGUGUUUUAGUUGAUGACACUCGGAAGAGAGGCUCUUGGUCACGAAGUGGAUCACGAAACACAUUGAACUCACAGAACCAAGCCAGCUGGAGAAUGGAGAGUAUCAGAAGAGACUCAGAUUCAUCAGGAAGUGAGGAUGAGUUCUUCGACUGUCAAGCUGAAUGGGUCACUAAAGGAACAAUGAAACUCACUGAGCCCACACCCUUCCAUCAACAAUACUCAGUACCUGCCUCGUUUCAGUUUGAGGAUCUUGAAGAGACAGCUGCCCUACACAAGUGGAGCUCCCUGGAACUGCUGCCUCCAGAUGGUGAUACACAGAGCACUGCUGGUCAUGCAGGCAAUGAAGACAGCAUUUUUUCACCAGCCUUCAUAUCAAGGGUGGCAGCAGAGCGUCACAGCCGUGUGCUGGGACGAAGCAUGGAGACGUCUGCCCCUUCAUCCCCGUCCCACUCCCCGUCCCACCAGCCUGGCCCUUGCUCCACCACUGUCCUACUUCUGGUCAUACAUGCUGGAUCCGUCCUUGACCCUACACCAGAUGUGACCAACAAGAGGAGUGAUGUUACUACCUUCAGAGGAGCAUUUGAGUCUGUCAUGCGACAGCACUACCCUCACAUGGUGGGUCAUGUGGCCAUCAGGCUGGUUUCUGCACCACCUGUGUGUUCAGACAGCCUCAACAUCCUCUCCAGUUUGAGUCCAUAUGGCCUUGAUGCAACACCUGUGUGUGGAGAGGUGUCUGGUGGGGACAGUGUUCCUGUUGGUGCUGUGCCACUGUUGGCAACAAGUGUGCCGGAGUAUGAUGAGUAUGUGGUACGCACCCUCAACUCUACCAAUGCAGCCUACCAUGAGUUCCUGAGAUCAGAGGAAGGACAUGGCUUUAAUGGGCAGGUCUGCAUCAUUGGUGACAGCAUUGGUGGUGUCUUGGCUUAUGAUGUUCUAUGCAGAGUGCAUGAUCAACAGAAGUAUGGGAGCAAUAGCAACAUUCCUGAAGGCGAACCGCCUUCCCCUGGUCAGUACUACAAGCAGAAGUCAUCUCCAGCACAGCCUCAAUCUUCCUCUCCUUCCCCAGCCACCCCUCCUUCUAUUUCUCCUGAUAAACCUGUGAGCUCCCCACCACUGACCACACUCUCCCCAACCAUCACUGUAAGCCUGGAGAGUACUUUGGUAAAGCCCACCACUGGUGUCUUUGUCCAGGCAGCAGAAAGUGCUUCUCCUAAAAACCUGAACACAGCUUCCUCCUCUCACUCCCCCUCAGAUAAAAUUCCCUCCCCUCAAUCAACAAACAAUCUUCACUCCCCACUCCGUAAGAUAUCUGCCCCCCUGCCUCCGUCGGGCUUCAGCCCACUCACUAGGAAAUGCUCAGCCCCGUGUAGCAUUCCCAGUGGUGCAGGAAUGUGGGGAUGUCAGCCUGGUAGCAGCACUCCCACACCUUCACCACCAGGCCCAACCUCUUCUUCCUCUUCCUCUACCUCCCCCUCUGGUCUCUGUCACUCCCACAAUCUCCUGUGCCAGUGCCACAACCCUGUACACCGUUCUCACCAUCACCACGGUGUUAGUUGUGCCCAUGAUAGCCUCAUCCCCGGUCCACUGUGGGAAAGAAGAGGAGAUGAGAUUGGAGACAACACAAGAGUGUACCGGAAAUCCAUAAGCAGUGAUGCACCUCACCACACUGAUGUGCCCCACUCACGCUCUGUCUCAGACUCAGACUACCACUAUGCCAGGCACUUGUCUGCACCCUACCCUCGAAGACGCUCAUCCUCAUCCAGUGACCAUGCCCACAGUAAGCUGGACUUUGAGGUGUCUGAUUUCUUCACGUUUGGCUGCCCGCUGGCCUUGGUGCUCGUUUACCGCAAGAUGGUCAACACCUCAGACAAGAACUCCACAGUGCAGCGUCCAGCUUGCCAGCAGGUGUAUAAUCUUUUCCACCCAACUGAUCCACUGGCAGUGCGUGUGGAGCCUCUCAUUUCAGCACGGUUUUCACUGUUGCCUCCCAUCACCAUCCCACGCUACACCAAAUAUCCUCUUGGGGAUGGUCUCCCCACACAUCUAUUGGAGUGCAUCCAGAGCAAUGGCAGUGUCUUCAUGGACCUGAGUGGAACCACAGGCUCCCCAUCUUUGACCGAGCACACUCGGCGCAUGUCUGAUGCCUCCAUCCUCUCCACUGUGUCUGGCAUGGGAGACACAGUUCCAUUGGCUACCAUCAAUGCCUUGAGUCAGCGGUGGUGGGGAACCAAGCGGCUGGACUACGCCCUGUACUGUCCCGAGGGAUUGGCUAACUUCCCCACCAACUCCCUGCCACACCUCUUCCAUGCCUCCUACUGGGAGUCCUCUGACGUUAUAGCUUUUAUUCUUAGACAAUUGGUGCGGACUGAACAUGCUGCUUACCAGGGAGAUGAUAAAGACCUUCCAGUGUUCUCUCCAACACAGCCUCGGGAAAAGUGGAUGAAGAAGAGAACUUCAGUCAAAAUUAAGAAUGUUGCUGCAAACCACCGAGGGAAUGACGUCAUAGUGAGGGAGGGAGCACCACAGUCUAUACAGGCCCGCUUCAUGUACGGCCCCCUGGACAUGGUUGCUUUGUCUGGUGAAAAGGUGGACAUUCACAUCAUGCGAGAUCCACCUGGUGGAGAAUGGCAACAGAUCUCUACAGAAGUCACAGACAAGAAUGGUCGCAUCGCCUUCACCGUACCACCAGACAAGGCUCUCAGCUGCGGCAUGUACCCCGUCAAGAUGGUGGUGCGGGGUGACCACACAAGUUCAACACUGUACCUGACCAUUGUACCUCCAAAGACGGAGUGUGUUGUCUUCAGCAUUGAUGGGUCAUUUACUGCAUCUGUCUCAGUCACCGGCCGAGACCCCAAAGUCAGAGCAGGAGCUGUUGAUGUUGUGAGGCACUGGCAAGAGUUAGGCUACUUAAUAAUAUAUGUGACGGGACGGCCGGAUAUGCAGCAGCAGAAGGUGGUGUCUUGGCUUGCUCAGCAUAACUUCCCCCAUGGCCUUGUGUCCUUUGCUGAUGGACUCUCCAGAGACCCUUUAGGCCACAAGGCUGACUACUUGAGGGGUCUUAUCCAGGAUCAUGCACUUCAAAUUGGAGCAGCAUAUGGCAGUGCCAAGGACAUUGCAGUCUAUUCUAGCAUUGGCCUCAAACCAGAGCAAAUUUUCAUUGUUGGAAAAGCCAGCAAAAAGCAGCAAGCCAAUGCACAGGUGCUAACUGAUGGUUAUGCUGCACACUUGUCCUCACUCUCAGCCUUAGGCAAGUCUCGUCCAGCUAAAGGAAAUCCCCAAAUGGUCAUCCCUCGGGGCUUUUUUGGGCUGCCAGGUCAACACAAUGCUUUGCGGAGAAGACGUUCUGCCAAGCGGACUACGUCUUUUCCCGUCCGGGUAGCUUCAGCAAGUGAGGGAGUGAUGAGGUCUCGGGGAUCUUCACAAUCUCGUCCCAACCAUAUGAGUAUGAGGUGUUAGUGUGUCCAUUAACUCCUGACACAGCUUAAUGUUACAAUGCUCAUGGAUUGCUAUGUCUGGUAUAAAUUAUAAUACAUAAUUGAUUUUGCAUUGGAAAUCUUAAUAUUGCAAGUGAGUAUAUACAGAAUAGUACUAAGAAAGGUACAGGACAACUGAAAGAUAAAGUCCAAUGAAACAGACAUUACUGUGUAUAAUGCUGAGGUUCUGCCAGUAGCAGCUCCUCAAUAACCUCAACUGAGGAACACUGGCUGGUGCACUUCUGACAGUGUUCAUGAGACACUCGAGUGAAUCACUCUUGAAAUUAAGUCAGAUUUUGCUCUAUGCUAGCUCAUGACCUUAUCACUUGUGUAUAUCAUUUGUGUCUCAUGAUUUCAAAUGGAUCUAGGUACCAAAACAUUUUGUAAGAGCAACAUCAAGUAGUAGUCUGAUGAACAGAGCUGAGUUUUCUUCAAACAUACAGUUUUGAUGUGUGCACCUCUUUAUGAUGCUUAUUGAUAUAUGUUCUUUACAACAGAAUAACAGAAUUUUAACAGAAAUUUUCCUGGAAUUCCCCAAAGUCACCACUUUGUGUAGGUUCGGCCAAACAGUCACACUUGUGUUUUGUUUCUCUCUUUAAGCUGAAAGUUUACUCACACUGUUCUGAUAAACUUAAUCUCAGGAUAUAUUUAUUUCAUGUGUCUGUAGCAGUUGAUGUUUUCUUUAAUUUAUUGAAUAACUAGUUGGGAGUUGUAAGCUGCCAAAUAGUAACAGUGAUCUAUUAAUGUACCUAUACUUCGUACUUAACAAAAGAAUGGUUAACUA